AUGGAUGAUGAUGAUGAUAUUAAUGUUACGGACGAACUUGGAAAUAACCCUUUACAUAUUGACCUUUAUCAGAGAGCACUCUCCCGAGGUUUUGAAACAGAUAACACUAUAAGGGUCAACGUAGUUGGGAAUUUUGCACAAGGGAAAACCUCCUUAACACAAUCACUUGUUGGAAAGACGUGUCAAACUGUUCAAAGUACAAAUGGAAUAGAAAUCAAUCACUGCAAAUAUUUUAAAGUAACUGGUGAUGUGACAUUAUUCCAAACAAGUACGCCAGAUGAGAUGGACAUUAUCGAUCGCAUUGCUGAAGUCGCAAAGAAUGAGAAGGAAAAUGUGAAUGGUGAAUCAAACACCACCGAACCAACGGAGAAUACUGAACGUUCUUCAGAACUUCAAGAAUUCGCAUCACAGUCUGGAAAUAAAGAAGUUAUUGACAGUGCAUCAAUAUUUUUGUGUACAAAAACACAAGCAGAAAGCACGGAUAAUACUAGACAAAAUGCAAAAUCAUCUUUGACACCGAAAGAAGUACAGAAAUUUUCGACUCUCUUGACGUUAAAACAAUUUGAGCGCGAUGUAGAAGGAAAUUUUGAAAUAUGGGAUUUUGCUGGCCAGUUUGUCUUCUAUGCUACACACACCAUAUUUCACAGCAAUCGCGCUGUGUAUUUAUUGGUGUUUGACUUAUCAAAACCAUUGUCGAUGGUCGUAUUAGAUACUGAAUAUCCUAUGGAAACAGGUGACAAAACAAUGGAACAUUUCAUUAAGUUUUGGAUGAACUCCAUUCAUUCAUAUGUCGGGUCUAACGACGGUUCGAAUCCGCCGGUUAUUCUUGUCGGAACGCAUAAAGAUAAAUUAGAUGGAACGGAAAAUGAAAAAAAUCAAUAUGCAGAAGAAUAUUUUGAAAAAAUAAGAACAUUUUUUGAAAACACACCUGUUCUCAAUCAUAUUCAUACAAAAGAUUUUGUAGUCAAUAGCACUGAUCCCGACGACAAGGAAAUUGAAGAACUGCGAAAGGAAAUCAUACAUAUUAGAGAACAUUCUAAACUCAAAGUUCCUGCAAGAUGGAUUGCCCUUGAAAAAGAAUUAGUUCAGAUAAGAUACAAGAAGAUAAUUCCAUUUAGCAAAGUGGUGGAAAUCGAUUCACAAAAUGAAUUUCCGCUAAAGGAAGAAGAAGAAAUCAAGUUGUUCCUACUAUAUCACCACAGGAAAGGCACAUUGUUUUUCUUUGACGAAGAACCGAUAUCACGAUACGUUGUACUUGAUACACAAUUUCUCAUUGAUGCGUUCAGGUGUAUUGUGACAUCAGAGAGAUUUUGCAGAAAAGAACCACAAUAUCGCAGCCUUUGGAAGCUUUUACAAAACGAAGCAAAACUGACAAAAGAGCUAAUUGAGAAAUGUUUUGAUUCCAAUAGUGAGUUAUCGAAAUUUAAGAAUGAAAUUUUGAUGUUUAUGCAGAGGCAUUACAUUAUAUCUGAAGUUUCAGGUUUCGACGAGAAAACUGGGAAAUGUAAUCCUCUCGGAUGGUAUAUUGUCCCUAUUUUUCUAAGAAACCACAGUGAUAACAAGACACUUAAAGAGUUCCUUACAAGAAAGAAGCAGACAUCUUUAAGGUUUCUGAUGGCAUUUCAAUACUCCCCUGUUGUACAAAUUGUAUACUGUCGUCUUAUUGCCGCUAUGGUAGCAAGGUGGCCAGUUGUCCAAAUAGGAGUAUCAAAACAAAGAAAGGAAUUCAUGCUGUACGAAAAUUUAGGAGUCUUUAGAUUGGACAGCCAAAAUGCUGGAGCUGUUGAACUACAAAAGAACAGAAUUGAGAUGCGUGUCAUUAGCCUUUGCACCUUUCGAAAUAUUAACAACAUUACAGCAGACAGGUUCAGACGCUUUGCAGAGUCAGUGGUCAUCAGUGAAUUCAAUAAACUGCGAGAUUCAUCCACACUUGAAGGUAAGCCGUUUCAGACAUGUUUUAGCUGCAACAAUGAAAGCCAUGGUCUAAAUGGAAGUCAGGAAGUCCUGCAAUUGGAAAACCUUAAACUUAAAAGCAUUGAACCCUGCCUUGAUAUGCCAGUCAAUCACGAAAUACACGCUCAGCAGGCACUUUCCGAAUGGUUUGAAGAAAUUUCUACGAUAGGGCUUACAGAAGACUGUCACUUUAAUGAGAAACAAUUGAGCAAAAUAGCACAAUCAAUUGGUAACAACUGGGAACACCUUGGAAGUGAACUUGGUUUGAGCAUUGUUGAAAUAGAUCAGUUAUCAAUGAACCAUGACACUUGCAGUGUGAGGAUCUACAAAAUGCUGUUGAAAUGGAGAGCUAAGCAGCAAAAGCAUGCCACCGUCAAUACUCUUUUACAAGCUAUGAAAUCAACGAAGUCACUUAACGUUGAAUGGGAUGAUGUGAUGAACAUUGUUGAGCAAAUUGCAUCUACACAAAUAAUCACGCACCUUUGAAUGAGUCAUCUGUAAUUCAAGGCAUAUAAAUACAAUUCCACAUUCCAAGUCGACAUUAUACUACAACAUGACUGCCGUAUAGCAUAUUCGUAGGUGAGGUGCACCAUUAAUUGAUUAAAGUAUAUGCUACUUUCUGUUACAAAUUAUUUUAAAGAUCAAAGUGAUUACUUUCCAUAUUCGGCGGUCAGAAAGGGAACAUCCAUAACAGGAAACAACAGACUGAGUGCAAUUCAACAAGUGCAGCAACUAAUGUGAUAAAAGUAUCAUGUUUCGUUUGUCCUUUGUUUUGACAUAUUGAGUAUAUAUAUAAAAACAAGUAAACUAAUAUAAACAUUAAUGUAUACAGUUCUAGCUAUAUUGGAACAAAAUUAGUUUACUUGUAAACACAAUGAGAAUGUUUAGUUAUAAUUAAAACUGAUACCGGGU